AUGCUAACCCUGCUCUUUCCCCUCUCCUGCCCUCAGAUGUCCAAACCUGCCCCCAAGAAGGCUGCGGCUCCUCCUCCACCGGGAUUCACUUUGGACAUUAAUGACCCUCAGGUGCAGAAUGCUGCCAUCCGCAUCCAGGCCUCCUAUCGUGGGCACAGGUCCCGCAAGGAACUGAAGGAGAAAGGCCCCCCACGGGUGCUGGAGAACCUCAAGGAUGUGAUGCUGAUAGAAGGGAGUGCAGCCAAGCUGGAAUGCCGCAUCAGUGCCUUUCCGGACCCCUUCAUUCGCUGGUUGAAAGAUGGCGUGGAACUCAAGGAUGGCCCCAAGUACCGUUACGUCUUUGAGGACCCUGACAUUGUCGCCCUGGUGGUGCGUGACGCUGCCCUUCCCGACUUGGGCAAGUACACCAUCUCCGUGAAGAACCCCUUUGGAGAGUGCUUCGAUUCAGCACGCCUCCUUAUAGAAGUGCCUGCCAAGAUUGAGAAGGGCCCAGAAAGCACAAAGGCUAAGAAAGGCAGCACUGUUAAUCUGACCGCCCAUAUCAGUGGAGAGCCAGCACCUGAUGUCGGCUGGGCCAAAGAUGGUGAGGAUAUUGAAGAGGAUGAUCGGGUGUACUAUAAUAUUGGCAGUGAUUCAACCACUCUCACUAUCAAAAAGGUGACGCCAGCUGAUGCUGGGAAGUAUGAGAUCUUUGUGGAGAACAGCCUGGGCAUGGACCAGUCCUUUGCGCGUCUUGAUGUGAUUUGAGCUCCAGCUUUCCAUCGAUACAGGUCCCCACCCCAACCCCCACUUUCUCCCCAUUCUUGCCAAGUAUGGUCCAGAGUGCUGUACAGCCCAGCUGUGGGAACAAGCUAGGCAAAGAGAAGCUAAUUCCUCUUCUAGUGGUGCUGUCAGGCUAUCUUCUUGUCCCCUGAUGGUGCAGUGGAACCUCCCUUGUUUCUCUCCUUGCAUCUAUGGCUCUUUUUUCAGCAUAAUUCUGCUUCACCGUGGGGGCACAAUAUCUUCCCUUCCUUCACUUGCAGACAGCAAUUCCCCUCACUGCUCAUGGGCCGAAUCCAUUUCCCAGGCAAUGGGGGCAUUAUUUUACCAGUCCACCCCAUAUCUAGGGCAGAUAGGUGGGGGACAUGCAGCUUUCUCGAUCUUAGCAGACUACAAUCUCCAUCUUCUCUCAUCAUUGGCUAUGCUGGAUAGGGCUGAUGGGAGUUGCAGUCCAACAACUGAAGGGCCAGACUUUGGUCAUCCCAGGUCAGGGGCACACAAGGAGACAUGAAAGCCUGAAAUCUCCUGAAAGCAGUUUUCCCCCAGCACUUCAGAAUGAAUGAAGCAUGCCAGGAGCCUCCAGACUCUUUCUCAUCUGUUUUCUUGCUCUAUGAAACUCA